AUGUCCAUGCGGGGGUCCAUGAGGCGCUCACACCUCCGACAGGUCAGCGCCGCCAGUCUGGACUCGGUCUCGUCUCGCUCUGUGGACACGGCACAGCAUGACGCAUUGCAGCUCAGUGACCAUCCGUCUAGCUCAGACGGGAAGACCUAUAAGUUUUCGUCGACGGGUCUAGAUCGCAGGCAGUGCUCUCUUUGGGUUCAUGACGAGACGUUCUCCAAGGAGGAGAUUCUGUUUAACCAGGCUGCAUUCGCGGACACAGGAGUGCGUGAUGGGGAUCUUAUUGAGAUUCUGUCGGCGAGGACAGUGGUGGACGGUCCAUCGUCGGGACAGUCACAGUCGCAUUCGUUUAAUCUGGCUGUGAAGCCUGAUAUGAGGACGAGAUCGAUGCGCGAUGUGCAUGGCCAUGGCCACUCUCAUGUUGAGACGGCUUCGUCAUCAAGGUCGCAUGCCAUGUCCAAGUUCAAGACACCCCUUCAGACCCGCUGCUUAUUCAUCGCGAAGCCGCUGCCGAAUGAGAUUAGGACGAAGCAUCCGAAGCUAGAGUUGUCUGUUACGAGCAGUGUUGCGAACAUCUUUGGCUUCAAGAAUCGGAGCACGGUGUAUAUUUCGAUCGUUGAACAGACACAAUGCGCUGCGUCUCAUGUGGAUAUCUCAUUCCGCGACCAAUUUCUUGUUCGGUCUGAUAUGUGGAGACUUGUCAUGUCGGAAUUAGCGGGUAAGAUUGUCUACAAAGGGCAGAAGAUUGUGUUUAUGGGGAGCAUCAAGGCGACUGUCAAGAAUAUCUUUAUUCGGGGGAAGAAGGUUCUCUCGGGCUUCUUCUCGCCGCAGACUAUCCCGGUGUUCCGGAGCGAGUCUGCGAAAUAUGUCUUGUUCAUCCAAAUGUCGAGAGAGAUGUGGGAUUUCGACUCGGAGGGGACGGGCGAUAUCCUAUUUAGCAGGGUGAUUAAUGGGUUUUUGCCAGAGUUGUUCAAGCGGUGGGCGAACGCCGAUGCGAGGCACUUGGUUACGAUCGUGCUGUUUACUCGGGUCGAAUAUGAUGCAUCGAUCACGGGGCUCCCAUCAACACUUAACUCAGAAAACUUGAAGAAUACAUCUGAGCCCAACCAUGCUCCCACUCGGGACUUUUAUCGCGUUGUGGUCAACGAUAUGGCAAGUGGCCACUGGACAACGAUUUUGGAUGAACUGAAGAAGGAUUUUAGGACGUUCCUACGAGAUGUGUCGAUAUUGAAGGUACCAGAAGACCCAGUUGCGUCAACAAGUGCUAGCACUACUCCGAAGGCGACUAUUGGAGGACGCCCUAGCACUGCCCUUCGCGGCAAUAUUCUGGAAGCAAUUCACCUUGCGUCGUCUCAUCUAGCGUUCGACCACAUUGAUCGUGACAUGGUCCAUACUGGAACAUCCAUCAUUGUCAUUACCCCGGGAAGUGGCGUCUUCGAAGUGUCGUACGAGUCUCUAGCCUCUACCACAGAAGCGCUCACAAAUCGCGGAAUCGCUAUAGAUCUGGUCUGCCUGAGCCCGAUGCCACUCCACUCAGUGCCGUUGUUCAAAUACCGCGAGCCAAACCGAGGAGGGAGAUCCAGCUUCUCGUAUGGCGGCGAUAUUCAAGGCGGAGGAUAUUCACCGGAGAUGCGCCACCCCUUUGCAAGUCUGACUAACCGCACGCAUUUCUCUCCGAAAUCGACCUUCUCAAGCACGUCUCCUGCUAGCGGUCCCCGCGGGCCUUGGACACGCGCGAACGAUUGGAGUUACGGUAUCCCGCAUUGGUUGGAUAUUUCCUACUGGAACCCAGAGACAUAUAGGGAGUCUCGACGAAUUCUGAAGAAGGAUCCAAAUGCUCCCAUCCCGUUUACUGUGACUAAAAAAUCAAAGCUCUUUAAAUCACGUGUGCGCAUGUAUGAGAUCCAGAUGGGAGGGGUCAUGGAGAGUGAGCAGUCAAAUAUUUCCAUACCGUAUCUCCUAGAAGACCAGAUUACGUCGAGGAGUCUGAACGUACCGCCUAAGACGUCGUUCCGGCGGAAUUCCCAUUUCAACCACCAACUGAGUGACAGUUUACGGCCAGGGUCUUUCCUAGGGAACAUGACCAACCCGAAGGAGACAAUUCUUUCCAGGUCGCGAAGCGCAUCUGCGACUGCUGCUUGGAUGGAUAAUUAUGAUGACAAUGUUUUCCGGUCAUUUUCUAAACGCAAUCAUCGCCGCAAACAAACCAAACCGAAACGCCCGAGUGAGCCUGAAGUUCAAGUGUCCACCACUCAUGAUCGGCUUUCUGCAAGAUCGAUCACGCACCUACGGGAACAUGAAACCAAACCGAACGAAUGGCCGCGGAAAGAAGCCGCUCCAAAGAUCCCUGCCACCAAAGCCGUCUCGCCUAGGAAACCUGCCCUAAAAGCGCCUUCAAAAACCAAAGUGCCGCGGAUUUCGAGGACAAUCAGCUUUGCGCUUAGAGGGCUAGGAGUAGCUCCGCCGAGAGCUCAGGCAAGCACAGAAGUGAAUGUAGAACAUGCCACCGGACUGCCGAGCUCCAAUACGAAGAGGAGUGCAGGAUCGCUUCGAGAAUCGAAGAGCAUAGAGUCUUUGAGUGCAGCAUCGGACUCGACCUCCACGGCAACGGUUGUUGAAGCAUCACCCAUGCCGAGCACACCACCAAGGCAACGCAAGAGUCCCACAAUUACGCCUUCGCGACCUAUAUCAAUCAGAGUCCCGCUGAAGACGCCGAUCGAAGACUCAGACCAGCCAACGCGCUCUGUAGCAGAGUCCUUUGGGACUAAUGGCGCCGACCUGCCUAUAACUGAGAAGGCUAGCCUCGAGCACCAGACUAGAAAGUCGAUUCCAAGAUUUGAACUGACUACCAGUCCUGGAUUGCGAGAGUCGUCUGCUAAGAACUUACAGAGCAGGCUGCUCGCGCCAUGGGUUCGUUCAAUUAACCCCUGUAACACCCCUCGAGAGGUCUCGCGGGAUACGAGCUGGUUUGGACGCUGGCAGCAUGCCUAUCCACGGCCGCCCCAUGUUGCGGUUGUCAAGUGGAAAAGUUUAAAGUCGCCUGCUGUAUUGCCACUGACUACGGAGGAGUUUCCUACGGCAAGCGAGCUGGCUUCUGAUUAUCUGCAAACACCGUACCGAGUAUUUCCGAACGACGACGCUGAGGGUAUUGAGGCACCCAAAACCACCGGUCUGCUGAUGCGAGAAAUGAUUUCGCUGCGUCUUUCCCACGGCUUCCAGAUUGUCGUUGGGAACAACGUUGUCGAAGCGUCUGGGCGAUACGCACUCAGAUCGCCAAACGUUUUUGAUACGCAGACGCUCGAAAUGGACGGGGCAACUGUUUUCCUGUCGAAAGGACAUUCUAUUCACCGUCUUGUCUGCACUGGGGGCAAUGAGAUUGAGGUUACCCGGUUUGUGCAUAGAAGUUUGUCAGACUUGGUCUCUGAGAAGAAAAACGGGUUGGACAUUGUAUAUUCGCUGGCGAUGCGGACGAUCAUGAGUCGCGAGUACGACAUAAAGCACAUCAAUCUACGUUCAUCAGCUGAAGAAUACAACUGGAACUAUGCAGACAACUAUAUUGCCGGCCACCGGGACUAUUUGUUCAACCCAGCACAGCAGCUUCAUUUCUGGCGCGUGCGGUUCGUCCUGAUCCCGGUCCGUCUGCAUGUACAUGCUCGACGCCACAUGCAACCUAUCAAUGAGGACAACGAGGAGGAAAUCCAUCUGCUUGGUAUUAAUCAACUCACACUUAUCUGGCAGCGACAUAAGUACGUGCCUCCUGAGGAAAAGAGGAUUGAGACCAGCAGCAAGAGUAGGGACCAGAACCCGCUGAAUAUCUUAUAUCAAACGAGAAAUCCGUCAGAAGUGGUUGCGGCAGAGUUAAAUCUUCUCGCGGAUCCGGGGCUGGAGAGCUCCCCGGCACAGUUAUUGCCAGAGUCGGAACUAUUGGAAAGGUCUAGUAUUAGCUUGUCAUCGCUGGCUCAGAUUGUCCAAAGUGACAAGGGAGUGAGGAUGAUGGACCGCAGAUGGCAUUGGAGGCUGCAUUAUAACUGUUUUAUUGGCUCCGAGUUUACGACCUGGCUAUGUCAGAACUUCCGAGACAUUGAAACUCGCGAAGAAGCCGUCGAAUUUGGAAACAAGUUGUUGGAGCUUAACCUCUUCCAGCACGUGGAACAACGGCAUAAAUUCAGAGAUGGUAACUACUUUUACCAGAUCUCGAGCGAGUAUCGUGUUGCCCGUCCAGAGUCGAGGAACAGUUGGUUUCCCCAGAUUAGACCAGACAAGUCAAUUCCGUCGACACCCGCGACGGCAGAUAACUGGAAAGAUUCCCCAUUGAGUGCACACUCACGAUCUGCGAGCGUUGACCAAAAUGCUCCUCAAACACCGACCACGCCAUCAAGGUCGAAGAGCAAAGCGUCAGUUAUGCUCUCGAAGACAUUGAAGUAUGAUGUCGACCCUCGCAAGCGCUCGAACCGGCCAGAGGUGAUUGAUCUUCACUACGACCGGCUGCAUAACCCUGACAACUGUUUCCAUAUUGAAUUAAGCUGGAUGAAUACUACUCCUAAGCUUAUCGAGGAUACCGUUCAGUCAUGGGCCGCGACAGCUGAGAAGUUCGGGCUCAAGCUCGUCCAAGUGCCUAUUGCCGAGGCCAGUGCCAUUGAUCAGACACAGCCAUUCCGCCAGCCAUAUAGGGUCAAGCUCAAAGUGCCCCCUCCCAAAGGUCCCAGCUCGACGAUUUUCAACGCAGCUUCAUUCUCGCAGCAAGACGCACCAGACCCGCAUUAUUUCCAGAAGCUCAUCCUAAAGAAGUUUGACUUUGUCCUUGAUUUCGAAGCCCGCUCAGCCUUCCCUCCAGAUGUGGAAGUCGGCUACUCCUGGGGAAGACCCGACUACCGCUACUCCCAAUACAUCCAUCAAUCAGGCACUCUCCUCGUUCAAAUCACAGACGAAGGCGACUUCCUCGUCCUCGCAAACCGCCUCGUCAGCACCCGCACCGUCCCCUUCACCGGCACGCGCGACCGCGACCACCGCGCCCGCGCAGGCUAUGACCCCAUGGGUACGAUCGAACGUGAUCGUCUCUCCCCGCGACUUUCCCCCCUGGUACGCCCAAUCCAUGACAUCGCCGGCCCCGCAAGCCCAAUGGCACACUCCUCCCUAGACUCGGCUAGCCUCUACCGCGCCCCCGAGCACGUCCUGCACGGGUUCGAGGAGUUCUGCAACGACCCCGUUAGACUAGGGCAGCUAUACAGCGAGUCUUUCGUCUAUCCGGUUUCCGCGAAAGCGGCGCCUACCACGGCGUCUUGUGUUGACUCGUCUAUCCCGUCGCUCGAGUUGCCGGCGCCGGUUAUCGGGCAUCAUAUUUCGCCACCGCCGGGAACGCCGGUGAGACCCGAGACGAGGACUCGCGCUGCGAGCACGAGUGCUAAUGGCAGUCUGCCACUUAUUGACCCAAGGAGUCGGCAGCGUGAGGAGAGUUCGGUUGCGAGGGGGAGCCCGAGGAGUGCCUCGAUUAUGUUGUAA